GAAAAUUUCUCCGAUUUGGAAAAUUUGCUGUGCGGCGACGAUGUGGGCGACCGCCGAAGGAGGGCCGCCGGAGGUUACUCUGGAGACUUCUAUGGGUUCUUUCACCGUCGAGCUUUACUUCAAACACGCCCCGAGAACAUGUAGAAACUUCAUCGAACUUUCUCGGCGAGGUUAUUACGACAAUGUCAAAUUCCACCGGAUUAUUAAGGAUUUUAUAGUUCAAGGUGGAGAUCCCACUGGAACAGGACGGGGAGGGGAAUCUAUUUAUGGUAAGAAGUUUGAGGAUGAAAUUAAACCAGAGUUGAAGCAUACUGGAGCUGGUAUUUUAUCGAUGGCAAAUGCUGGUCCUGAUACAAAUGGAAGCCAAUUCUUUAUCACCCUUGCUCCUUGCCCAUCCUUAGAUGGAAAGCACUCAAUCUUUGGAAGAGUUUGUAGGGGAAUGGAAAUAAUCAAAAGGCUUGGCAGUGUACAAACUGAUAACAAUGAUAGACCCAUCCAUGAUGUGAAAAUUCUACGAGCAUCGGUUAAAGACUAAAGCUUUCGGUUAUUAACUACUUUUAACACACUCGUACCGUUUGUAUCGACCGUGUAUGCAGCAAUCGAGACCUUGUAUUUUUGUCAUGACAGAAGGAAUGAAGAAUUUCCAUUGUUGGUUGGAGAAAGAACUGGCAGAAAUGGUCUUUCAAUCUCAUUGUGUAAGUGGUAUCCAAAACUCAUAACUGUAUGACUUCUUUCCCAUCUCAUCAUAGUUUUCUGAAUUAUAAUUCUUUAUUUGGACACCA